ACUGCAGAGAGCAGCUGAGAGGCUCUGCUUGUGCGUGUGCGUGUGAGUGAGUGUGUGCGCGCGCGUGUGUGUGAGAGAGAAAGGGCGAGAGAGAGCGCGAGAGACUGACUCUGUGUAAGGGAAAGAAAACAAUUUCUCCUGCUCUGCAGCUUCUGUUCAGCUUGGAUCAAUGCUUAAUUUUUUAAAACAAUGGUUGCUAUGUGUUGCGGCAUCAUGCUAGGUCUACUGCACAAGUGGAGAUUGACAGCCUCUAACUGUACAGAGUCGAGCCUACUGGGAGGCAGAACUGCAGUUUCCUGUGAUGAGAUUUACAACCUGGAGAGAGCAGGAUGUUUUGGAGGAUCAAUGUGACUCUAUUAACAAAGGGGUGAAUGAGUAUCCGUAUGAAGAGGAAAACGAUAAAGAAUACCGACACCUUUGAGAACAGAAUGUUAAUGCUUGAUGGGAUGCCGGCAGUCAGAGUGAAAACAGAGCUUUUGGAAUCUGAACAAGGGUCUCCAAACGUCCACAACUACCCCGACAUGGAAGCCGUUCCCCUGUUACUAAAUAACGUGAAAGGGGAGCCUCCAGAGGACUCGUUAUCUGUAGAUCACUUCCAAACACAAACUGAGCCCGUGGACUUGUCAAUAAACAAAGCCAGGACAUCCCCGACCGCCGUUUCAUCCUCCCCGGUUUCCAUGACCGCCUCUGCCUCCUCACCUUCUUCAACUUCGACCUCGUCCUCCUCUUCCAGUCGCCCGGCCUCAUCCCCAACAGUUAUAACAUCAGUCUCUUCAGCAUCAUCCUCGUCAACAGUAUUAACUCCAGGACCCCUUGUCGCCUCCGCAUCUGGUGUGGGAGGCCAGCAGUUUUUGCACAUUAUCCACCCUGUACCGCCUUCAAGUCCCAUGAAUUUACAGUCUAACAAACUGAGUCACGUUCACCGCAUCCCUGUGGUGGUACAGUCGGUGCCUGUUGUCUACACAGCUGUACGUUCACCUGGAAAUGUGAACAACACUAUUGUCGUGCCGCUUUUGGAGGACGGGAGAAGCCAUGGCAAAGCACAAAUGGACCCCCGAGGCCUAUCUCCCAGACAAAGUAAAAGUGACAGUGAUGAUGAUGACCUGCCAAAUGUGACCUUAGAUAGCGUUAAUGAAACUGGAUCUACGGCCCUUUCCAUAGCCAGAGCAGUACAAGAGGUACAUCCAUCCCCAGUAUCAAGGGUCCGGGGAAAUCGAAUGAAUAACCAGAAGUUUGCUUGUUCAAUUUCACCAUUUAGUAUUGAGAGCACAAGACGCCAGAGACGGUCUGAAUCCCCAGACUCCAGGAAACGGCGGAUCCACAGAUGUGACUUCGAGGGAUGCAACAAAGUAUACACAAAAAGUUCUCACCUGAAGGCUCACCGGAGGACACACACAGGGGAGAAACCCUACAAGUGUACCUGGGAAGGCUGCACCUGGAAGUUCGCCCGUUCGGAUGAACUAACGAGGCAUUACCGCAAACACACGGGAGUGAAGCCGUUCAAGUGUGCGGACUGCGAUCGCAGCUUUUCCCGGUCAGACCACUUGGCGUUGCACCGCCGGAGGCAUAUGCUGGUGUGAGGAAGGCUGCCUGUCCAGCUGGGCAUAAGAGCUGGAUCUCUUCGUGGCACCCAAUUCAGCAGGGCUGAAUCCCCUUCACAGUGUUAACACAAAAGGGCAUCACCAUCCCACGAUGUCUGAAACCAGAGCAGGAACAAGAAGGAACACUUCUCCUUUCGGUCUGAAGGUAACCCCCACCCCGACUGCUCGAGAGACGUCCUCGCGCUGGCCUGGGAGUUCAGCGACACAAAUGCUGAAGAGACAGGCAUUGUUUUCCGUGCUGUGUCCUCUGCCAUUUAAAGGUGUUUGUAGCCUAUACAUUUUCUGAGCUUUCAGACGUUUUGUUAUCAGUACCUUAAAGGUCAUCUGCCACAAAUUGAUGGCUAGAGCAAGACCUUUUAAAUUUGGAUGAAUCUCUCAUCACACCCCACCCUUAGCCCCUUUUAAAAAAUUUGAGUUCGUAUCUGAGUAAGCUAGAACACACGCCCAGUCUGUUACCAGCGAGCAGCAUGAACGUAGAAAGGAAGACGUUGUUGGCGAGGUCCCAUUACCUGAACAUACAGGCACACUCGAGCAGCCCUGUACAAUAGUGACGGCAGCACCUAGAUGCCACUCGCGACGGGUCCUCAUGCCAUGCCUGAAGAAAACCAACACUGAACCUUUCAUUUGUUUGUCAUUGAUUGUUUUCGUUUUGUUUUGAUUCCAUUUUGUUCAUCUGUUCCAGCAGAGGGGCAGCGACACUGCAGUUGAAGUCUAGUCCUGGUCUCUGCCCUGACAUGGACUGGCACAGCGGUGUUCUGUAGUUGAAUAGGAAGAGCCUGUCUAAAAAAAAACUACUGCCCCACUUCAAAUCGCAGUGUUCUGUCACCUAGGCAUCAUUUCUUCCUACCCCUAGUGUUUGAUUACAAGGAAUCAGGGGGAAAAAAACUUUCUUAGACACACUGGCACCAAGGGAAGAGGUGGGGCUGCCCAGGCAAAGUCAGUGCACAUGAAAAAUCAGACAAAGCAGUGAUGGAAAUAAUGCGCCUCUUGAGGAGAAAAGCAAUAAUGAAUAAAAGGACUUUUCUACAAUAACUUCACUGAGGACUCACGUUACCAAUUUUCAUACUUACUAAAGGGAUUGUAAAAAACACCCCAGCAUUUUAGAUGUCUUGGUUACAUUUACAGCACUGAGGUAAUCUUUCUGCUGUUUGUUGUCCUGCUUGGUUGAGUACCACAAUUAAAGAUUAUGCUCCCCUUUUCUUGUUUGAAAACAGUUAUUUGGUGACUAGAAAGGCAAAGGAGACAACUGGGAAUUAACUCCUUGAUUAAUGGGUCAGUUCUCCUUGGAACCGAGGUGGUGGGAAGGGAAUGAUCCCCAUAGAAAGCCUGCCAUGGUGCUAGCUUCCUCUCUUGGAGAGCCAAGGGUAAGUGACUCUCCAGUAAGUUCUCCUAUACACAUUUCCUUUUUCAAGGGUCCUCAUUGGCAUCUGCAGGGAUAUUGAACCUAUUCAUCCUGGGAUGAGGAUGAGAGGAAAAUAGAAUCCCACCCACCUGUAAAAUCUUGAGCCUUUUGCAGUAAACAAAGCAAUGCAUCACCAACAAGCAUUCUUCCCGAAAAAGUAUCAUAUUUUUGUCCCCACUAAACGCUGGGUUUUUUCCAGCUUUAUGUGGCUAAGGGGCUUGGUAAGAUUUUUGUUGUUGUUGUUUGUUGAUGUUGUCGUUGUUAGGAUUUUUUAUAGGUUAGAUGGGAAGGUCUCCACCGGAGAUCUUUGCACAUAUAUUUUAAUUACAAACACUUGAUUUGAGGAAUUGCACAAGUCAACCUCACGAUAUUUCUAGCUCAUUUUUAAAUGUUUGAACAUUCUGAAAUCAUUUCCAGCGACAGAAUUAUCCCUUUUUAGGAUCAUCUUCUAAUUCGGAUAAUCGUAUUCUGAUGAAGCAAGAACUAUGAGCACUGCAACAAGGACGAUUUGUGUUGGAUGGUAUUAAAGGAACUUCAGGUCAAAUUCUGGCUUCACAAAUAUGUGCUUUAUAUUUGCUGCCAGGUCUGAAAAAUUCAUCAGGCAAUUUCCCUCCAGCAAGGGCUGCAGUUCUAUUGAUAACUUCUUCAGCUACACAAACUGCUACCCACCAACCAGUGUUUUUUUUUCUUUAAUCAACUGGAACAUUUUUUAUCUGUACUGUAUGCAACGCUCGUUGCCUGUGACCAUUCAGAAUAGAAAAAGAUUUCUUGAUGCAUGCCAGCAUUGGUUACUGGUCAAUGGCAAAGAAUACAGAGAGGAGCGACCACAGCCACGAGCCACCAAGGCUGGCCACAGCACCUGGUUGGCAGGUAAUAGGGGAAUCAACAAGCAAAACAUAGACUUGAGUUGGUCCUGCCUGCUCUCAAAAGAGCCAGCCCUGUUCUCUGCUGAGAGGUGUCUUGAGAGUAUUGCAAGUAGACAGCUUCUCGAAUUCACUGAACUGACAGGCAGUGGAGUCUUCCUGAGUGACAGCUUGAUUUAAAGUUAGCAUAGGACUAAAUGAGCUGCACUGUCUAAUAACAUCGGAAAGAGUUGGGGAAGUGAGCUUUCCUCACCUUCCAAAGUGGAAAGCAGACUGAGAUUGUAAGCUAACUGAUCAAUCCCGUCCGCACUGCACCAUUUCCCCUUCUGACACGGCAGUUCUUUAGGAAGGGAUCCAAGCACAAGUAAGUCACUGAGCUCGCCCUAGAAUUGAAACGUAUUUGGGGCUUGUCUUGAUACAAAGCAAAUUCACUUUGGUGAGUUUCCUACAAGUGUUUUCCCACAUCAAGGAAAGUAGUUCGGAGCAGAAGGAAAUGGGAUGUCUGUAGGCACAGAAAAGCCUCCAGUCCAUAUCAUGUGCCGUUUCUGGCUGCUUUGGAAAAGCACAGUGCAUGAUGAAUUACAGGAAAGGGAUGUAAUCUUAAAGUACUUCCGAGUUGUUCUCUAACUAGGAACAUUCACUGGUUUUAAGUUUGAAGCUGCUGAACUUGCAGCUAGAGAUAUGUGCAUACUGGGGAACUCUCACACACACGCUCGUAGUAACCUCACCUGAGCUGCAGGAGAGCCGACUUUCUCUUCACAUUGCCGAGACGGAUGACAGGGAAGUUACGGGAUUGAAAAGUUAUAAGGUUCAGUCCCUGCAGUUUUAACAGAGCCCCUUAUGGUCUGAUCUUAAACUGUUUGGAGAGAGAGUCACACUUCCCCAUCCAUUUCCUGCCUCAUCUUGCCAACUGUGUGGACUCUGCUUGAUAACUUGUCUUAAGUUCUAUUAAGGCAUUUAGACCAAGAUUCGUAAAUGGCUUUACCAUAAAGAGUAUACUACUGCCUUUAUAAAACACAUAGCGUAUUUUUUUCAAAAGCAGUUGAACACCAGUAGCAUGUACCCCAUUUUUUUGAAAGAGCACUUUUUAUUCACUUUAAAAUUUAAGUGGGAAAUGGGAAAGUAGAUUGUCAGGGGAUAAACUCACAAAAUGCUACAGUGUUUACAAAUGCCAGUUAGAGGGUGACUAGGUCGGCUAUUUUCAUUAUGAUUGAAAUUUGGAAUAGCUUGUGCAAAGACUGUGUUCAUUUUAUACAAUCUGUUUUAACUUCAAAUUGCCAUUGAUGUGUUAAAGUAAAUAAAAUCCUGCACUUUGAAAUCAGUUCAUUAGAAUGAUAACAUGUAUAUGGAUAAAGAUGCAGUAUUCCUGAUUCUGUACUUUAUUUAUUAUACUUACCAAAGCUGAAAUUGAAUAAAUCCGGCAAGAUGAGGCCUUCAAAUGUAUUCACACAUCCUUGUUAUGUUAUGACUGCUUAGAAAUGUGGCCAUGAUGUUGUUACACAGCUGUCUUACCCUCUACAGUGAGCACUAACAGAAUUGAAGCAGUGUUAACAAUACCAGCAUCUGUGCUACAGCCUGCAGAGAAGGGACUGAAUGUGAGAUAACUUUGCUAAAUCAUCAUGGGCCCAGAAAGCCUUAAGAUUCAUAGUUCAUAAUCCACUCUCAGAUUUUAUUCUUUACUAAUACCUACAAAUUAUUAGGUAAAGGUGUUCUAGUACAUCACUGAGCAAAUUCCUUCCUUUAGUUUUUCUGAAGUAAUGCGUACCAUUAAGAAAAAAUCGUUUCAGUUUGACUUGGUUUAGUUUAGAAAGGGGUUGGUGAGUCCUGUCUUCCAUGUUACACUUGUACUUCUCCCCUCACUGCCUUCCACUUACCUGAACAGUGAGCCCCAAAAUCUGCACACGCGUGCACACACCUGUACGUGCAGCAGCCAGUGGGCUAAUACAUACCCACAAAGAACUUUUUUAAAAAAAAUUUGUAAUAAUCCAUACUAUCUAGAGAUGUAAAUUCUUUACAUUGCUAGGGAAUCAGCUUAUAAUACUAUAUAUGACUUUGCCUGCAUUUUAUAGUUAAGAAAUGUACAUAGAAAUUAAAAAUGCUAUAUUUUCACAGUUUCAUUAUAGAGUAAUGUCUGUUUAGCAACCCAUGUCCAUUGGUAUUUUGACUAUGCUAAAUACUGAACAAUUGCUAUAGAAACUCAGAUUUUCAUAAGAAAAUGAAAUAGAAGAAUACUGCAUCUUUAAAAAAAUAGAGUGAAGAUAUUUUACUGUAUUCGUAACGUGAUAGUGGAUAAAGUAUUUUCAGACACGCAAGUUUUACAGAGGUUGUAAAUAGUUUGAUGAAGUACGUUGGGGGAAAGAGCUUCUAGUUUUCAUCACAAUAAAAAAACCUUGUUCAGAUAUGCCUUGUAUAUCUUACACACAAUUACGAUAUUGCCAUGGGACCUCUGUCCCACUGUCUCAGAGUAUGUUCUUUGUGCUCUGUCAAAAUGGAAUCACCACUUGUUGUGAUUUAGCCAAGAUGGUUUGAAACCCAGUGAAGUCAUUUUAACCUUGCUACAGACAACUAAUUCCAAACUCAUAAUGUCUUUUCCUGAAAAGGAGAAAACAGCUACACAGGAUUUUGCUUGUGCUAAGAGCGUCUAACAGUUGCUUUCUCGGUUAUCUUCCUCCUCAACUAAGUGGUUCUUGAUCGCAAAAUUGUGCAGGUGUUACCCUUGUUUAAUUCCAGAGGGAUCGCUUUUAGGUGUAGCUUCAUGUCGACAAGAUAAAGUGCUGUGGAUAUGGCCACAUGUUAAAUGAAUUCAUACUGGCAACAGGAGUAAGCUGAUGCCCAUUUUCAAAACUGAAUUAAAUACUGAAAGUGCCUGUCAAUAAAUAUGACCAAUGAGAUAUUCCUAUACUUUUACACAGCAAUAAUUCUUUGUCAAACUGAGGUGUUCCUGUACAUUUUGAAAACACAUACACACAGAGUAAAUGUAUGCACGUAGUAAAUUCAAUCCAUUCCUGUACCCAUGGGGUGGGGUGGGAAGCAUUUGUCUGCUAGGUAUAGCUAAUCUUAUUUGCAAAUGACAUUUUUUAAUUUGAUUUUUCAUGCAGAAUAUAAGAAUACAAAUACGAAUAUUAUGGUUUUCUUCAUAUACCAGCCAUGUGGCAAUUAAAAUUUUCGAAUAAAAACUUGACUGUGACUUGCCCCAAUUUGUGAACAGUAUGUAUGGCUCAAAAAGUUUUGCUCACUUAAAAAUACCAGUUUAUUUAGAGCAAAACACUGAGGGAUAUUUUUCUGCUUUAUUUUAUCCAAUGCACAUAGUUUAUCUUCAUUUUUUUUAUUCCUUUUUCCCCAAAUAUGUCCUGUUGUCAUCUAAGAACCACUUUAGGAUGAAUAUUGACAAAAUCACAUGUCCCUGAAAAGUGUACCAAAGUACUACUGAUACUUGGUAAAUCUAGCCUUUAACUAGUUUUCCGGUUAGUCCUGAAAAUUACCUGAUUUACAUUCAGAAGUUCACAGGUUUUUCCUAAAAUUAGUUUAGUGCUAGGAGUGGAGUCAUGGGUAGAAAUAUACAAUGAGACUCUGUGAAUAGACAUGAGCCCUGGAAAUUCUCCAACCGUGCCAUCUCAGAGCACAAAUUCACCCAAACAAGCUGUUGAGGCUAUCAGCAAAAUUAUACACUUUCCAAGCCAAACAUUUGGUAGGAGUAAUUUUAAAAUUACAACUGUCAUUAAAUCCUUGGGCUUUAGGUGGUGUAGACUACCAUGAUGGAUAGCUUUCUGCAGGCCCAGACCACAAGCCCCGAAAACCAUCCACUCUUUUCUCCUCCACAUUUUAGAAGGGAGGAAAAGGAGAAGGAAGUACACCAGACCAGGGGUUGAAAUAACCAGCGAAGCAUCAGAAGAAGCUGGUGUGUUCUUUAGUCUCACUGAAGUUAAGUCUUCUGACUGAGUUCUGUCUGCAUGUUGGCUGAAGAUACUUGAAAUUCUGAGAAUGUCUUGGAAAGUCAAAACUUCAAACCAUAAAAAUUAUAGCUGUUCUUUAUUAAACAUGACAUGCCAGGCCCAGUGCUUGGCAUUUUCAGAUGCACUGGUUUUGAUCUGUACAACAACUCUGCAUGUUAUGGAUGGGAAACUGAUGUACAAAGACGAUGUCCAUGGACCCAGAGGGAGGAAACGUCUGAGUGGGAAUAUGAAGCCACCUUUGCUGUGACUCUGAAUUCUCUGUUCUGUCCACUGUCCCACACAGGAUAUUUGUUCCUAGAAGCCACCUCUCACUGAUUCUAAGUUUUAUUGUGGACACCCUGCACAAGUAGUCAUUUUCCAAGUUAAAACAUCAGGACAAGAUAUAAUACAAGAUUUGACAAUGGUACAAAAUAUUUGAAAUCAGGCCUUGCUGGAAAUUCAUUUAUGAAGAAUCAGCAUAAACAAAGAGAAGCAACUUGGUGUCUCCCUGAACUUACCGCUUUCCUCCCAAAUGUUUCGCCUGGAGCUUAAGAAUCAUCAACACUUUGCCCAGUUUACUAGCAUUUUUGCCUGUGUUGGUUUUUCUCAAUUCUACACAUGUAGACCUGCUAGAAUCUACCUCCAUGGAGCUGGUUAUUAAUUCAGAAUUUACUUGCAGGUGUUAGUGGAGUGGCAGUCAUAAACAUUCAGCUGAUAGUCAGUAGAUAAUUCCUGUUCAGAUUUCUCACUUAACAGCACCGUCUUGAAAUGCUUUAAAUAAUCUUAUAAAUAAUUUGUUUAUAGUGUUGUUAGUUUAAUUGAGUUUUAUGUGAGGAGCUGUCUAACAUCAGAGAAUUGAAAUCCCUUCCCUUCCAUGUAGAACAAGGUCUCUGACAGUAUUGAUUCAUGGAAGUACUAAUGGACUUUGAAAACAUUAAGAGAAUGUCAUUUCUCAUAGUGUUUCUUUUCCUGAAAAUGAAUCCUCUGAAUUAUGAUCUUUCUCCUUGUUACUUGGCGGAGGGAAGAGAUAAAACCUGUAUAAACAAAUUCUCUUCCAUGCUGAAAGCAAGUAUGCUUGCAGAUGGGGACUCUUCUCAGUUAAUUGGGUUUCACCAGCAAUAAUUUCUCAAUGACAAAACCACCACUUUGAGUUGAAAAGAGAUGAAUAGCGGAAAUAAUCUCAUCAGUACUUUUUCUUUCUGGAUUUCGUCUCUAGAAAUUUAAAGUGUUUCAGACCACAGAAUCUGCCCUUUGUGCAAAGAAACAGCCAGUGACCAGUGAAUUAUCUUUUUCAAAAGCAGGUUAACCAAGACUUUCACAGGGAUUCAUUUUUAUUGAGAAAUGAGGGUGAAUGUAGAAGGGUAGAAUUUGAGUCCAAAUCUAGUAGUAAAAAUGUCCAAGCAAUCAAAAACAUACAUUUAAGGACGCAGUAAUAUCUUCCCUUUCUGCUAAUUUCAUGCUCUAAAGAUACAACAGAAAACAUCACAGAAAAUGCUUUUGCCUCACUUUUUUCUAGUUUCCCCACGGCAGAAUUUAUGAUUACAUCCCCACCACAAGUAUAUUUUGUUCCUCAAACCUUAUUACAUUGGAUGGGUAUUGUUGAACUGGGGCACUGGUGCCUAUACACAAGGCUCUUUCCUAUCAACUUGUCUGUCCACAAUUUGUUGUGUUUAAAGAUUCAUUUUUCGAAACCACUGUCCCCCCCACGGGAUGCUGGCUGUAUUGUUUUGUUCAUGUCUAUGUGGGACACAUUGCAUCAUGUAACAAACCAACUCUGUGGAUGUGAGGUAACUACUUAACAAAACCAGCUUGAAAACAUCGUCUUACAUAUUAUGUCAUCCUGCCUCAUAAUGCAAUUAUGUGUGUCAUGGUCAUUUUUUAAAAAGAGAAACCAGCAAAUUCGUGUUUGUCCAUAGAAGAAUGUACUCAGAACUUUGUGUUGUGAAAUGAUGAGAACAGACCACCUUUAAGAUACCCACCUGCCACUUAAAAUGACUUAGUUAUAAUUAGUAGUAGUCUAGACUUUGCUCUUGGUGUGUGGGGGUCAAUUCAAACGUCAUCUUCUUGCAAAUAAAUCUCUCAGUCAUAUUUGAAAAAACUACAUGAGAAUAAAGAGAAAAAUACCUUCUUUGGCCAAGUCAAGCAGGCAUCCCUUUUCUUUUCCUUGACACUUAGCUCAUUACACAUGGUGAUUGGAUCACAAGACCUUUCUGUGUAAAAAUACAAAAACAUUGUUUAGUUUACAAAGCAAUUAUUCUAGGCAUGAAGCCUCUGAACAGCAAACUGAAUAAAUGGGCUGCAUCUGACUCACUUUAGGGAUGCAAUCUACAAGACUCUUGGGGCUCCGAACCCAGAGAGCUAGGUGCCCAGAGGAGACCCUACACAUUAAAGGAUAAAGUCCCCCAAUGAUGAUGGCAAGCAAAUGUGUUGAAUUCUUAAAUCUUCAUUUGGUUUUCUGUUCAGAGUUUUAAUUGCAAAUGAAUUUAUUUCUCCAGCUUAUCUAAAGUUCUAAUUUCCUAAUAGUUUCCUCUGCAUUUAUAUACUCUGUAGUGUUUAGGCAGCCCCUGUUAUAAGUUUAUUAAUAUUAUGUAAGUGUUGUUCUUGUAUUUAUGUAUAGUGUAUGUAUUGUAAAUAUAUUCAGAGCUUUUUUCCUUUUACUGUAAAAUGGUGAUUUUUUUUUGCCCUAUGAUAAUGUAAAGGGAGACCCUCCUAAUGAGAUUCUCUCAGAGGAUGAUUAUUCCAGUCUAUUCUCAGAGAUUUAAAUGAACAAGUGUUAUCGUUUUUAAUGGUGUCUCAGACAUAUUCUGUUGGUGCAUUGCUUUUCUGUAUUCAACUUUCCUAUGAAUUGAGCUGUGAACCGAAAUAGAGUUUAAACCUUUAACUGUAUGCAUUUGUAUAAUUAUCUGAAUGAAGGCAUGAAGGUUAAAUAAAGCAUUUUGUAUGGAA